CCGCUCGGAGGCCGAGCGCCUCUUCCUGCACAUGGGCCGCACCAUGAAGGAGGACCUGGAGGCCGUGGUGGAGCGGCUGAAGCCGCUCUUCCCCGCCGAGCUGGACGUGGUGGCCGCCUACGCCGAGAGCUACCACGAGCACUUCGCGGCCCAGCUGGCGGCCGUGGCGCAGUUCGAGCUGUGUGAGCGCGACACCUACAUGCUGCUGGUCUGGGUGCAGAACCUCUACCCCAAUGACAUCAUCAACAGCCCCAAGCUGGGGGGAGAGCUGCAGAGAGUCCAGCUUGGGAGCCUUCUGCCCCCCAGGCAGAUCCGGCUGCUGGAGGCCACGUUCUUGUCCAAUGAGGUGGCCAGUGUGAGGGAGCUGAUGGCCCGGGCCCUGGAGCUGGAGUCACAACGCUGGGCCCGGGAUGUGGCUCCCCAGAGGCUGGACGGCCAUUGCCACAGCGAGCUGGCCAUCGACGUCAUCCAGAUCAUCUCCCAGGGCCAGGCCAAGGCCGAGAGCAUCACCCUUGACCUGGGCGUGCAGAUAAAGCACCUGCUGCUGCUGGAGUUGGCUACAUUCCUGAGGAGCUACCAGCGAGCCUUUGAUGAAUUUCUGGAGAGAUGCAGACAGCUGGGAAAUUACAGGGCCAAUGUCAUUGCCAACAUCAACAACUGCUUGUCCCUCCGGACCUCCAUGGAGCAGAAGUGGCAGACACCACAGGACCUCCCGGGCCACCUGCUGAGCCCCCUGAGUGAGCUCAAGAGUCACGGCUUCGACACCCUGCUCCAGCGCCUGCUCGGGGACCUGAAGCCGCUGUUCAAGAGGUUCACGCAGACCCGCUGGGCGGCCCCGGCGCAGACCCUGGAAGAAAUUCUCUCCACCGUGGCCAAAAGGCUGCCCGAGUUCUCGGAACUGCACGACUGCUUCCGGGAGGAGCUCGCGGAGGUCAUCCACCUGCACCUGGUGAAGGAAUACAUCAUCCGCCUCAGCAAGAGCAGCCUAGUGCUCAAGACGGCCGAGCAGCAGCAGCAGCUGGCCGAGCACAUCCUGGCCAACGCCGACGUCAUCCAGCGCUUCUGCACCCAGAACGGCUCCUCAGCGACCUGGCUGCAGCACGCCCUCCCCAAGCUCGCCGAGGUCAUUCGCCUGCAAGACCCCAGUGCCAUCAAGAUCGAGGUGGCCACUUAUGCUACCUGGUACCCCGACUUCAGCAAAGGCCACCUGAGUGCCAUCUUGGCCAUCAAGGGAAACCUGUCCAGCAGCGAGGUCAGGAGCAUCCGAAGCAUCCUGGACGUCAGCACGGGAAUGCACCAGUCUUCCAAGCCCCUAUUUUCACUUAUAAAGGUCGGUUAGCUUUCCCUGCAGCCUGGCCUGCUUGUGAGCACCCAGUGAGCAUCGGACACCACCCCCCUUGGUGGGCAACCACUCCACUCCACGGCCCCUCAACAGGCUUCGUGCCUACUGCUGCGGCUUCUGCCCAGCCUCGGCUAAGGCGCAAGCCCCUGGGCGGCUGGAAUCGGAUAGGACCGGUUUACGUGCCCGUCCCGUGCGGGCGGGAGCGCCCAUUGUGGGGAGGCAGUGAGGUAAUCCCCAAGAGACUCUUUGUAAAUGACGGUUGAUCAUGCAUGUACCAAUGGAGGGAGCUGGGAGGGAGAGUGGCCAGGGUCAGAGAUCCUGGGUCACCUCCGGUCCGUGGGGCCCCUCCACAGUCUAUCAUAACUGUCCUCCUCAUGGCUGGGUCUGAGCGCCUUCCCAGCUGCCGAGGGCCAGGGGCUGAGCCUCGCCUAUCCCGCCUCCUCUGGCCCAGGACUACGGUGAGUGGGGCUCAGCAUGUCCGUGGAAGCGAAGGCAGAGCUAGAAAACAAAGGAAACAGUGAACUCCCAUCUGGGCCCUGGACAUCCUGGGUCUUCCAUGUAGGGAUAGGCCCGGUGUGGGGGGGCGGGGGUGCUCCGUGGGGCCGCUGCCUGGAAGUCAGCCUGAGGUCUGGGCGGGGCACGCUUGACCUCUGACCCCUUGGCCUCUGGACCAGCGCCCUGUUGCUGUUGUAACACAUUUCCACAGACAUGGUCAUUGAAACCAGAACCUACCUUUCAGCUCUGGGGGGUCAGAAGUCUGACACAGGUCUCAAGGGCUAAAGCCAAGGUGUCAGCAGGAAGAUUCUGGGGGGAAUUUCCUUGCUUCUCCCAGUUUUUAGAGGCUGCCUGUAUUCCCUGGCCUGUGGCUCCCUCCAUCUUCAAAGCCAGCAGUGGCCAGUCAAAUCCUUUUCACAUCACAGACCUCAGAUCUCCUCUCCUGCCCCUGCUUCCACUUUUAAGGACCCUUUUGAUGACCUUUGGCCCACCAUAUAACCCAGGAUCAGCCCCUAUUUUAAAGUUAGCUGAUUAACAGCCUUACCCCACCUGCAGCCUCAGCCCCCUUUGCCACAGACCCUGACGUAAUCACAGGUUCCAGGUGUUAGGAUGUGGGCUUCCCGGCGUGGGAGACAUGAUUUUGCCCCCUCCAUGCACGCCCAUCCUCCCCCUGCCCUGGACGGUGCCUUAUCCCACGCCGGGGAAAACAUGGCUCCGGGAAUGCUCCUAGGCCUCUGCCGAUCCCCGAGGCCCGCUCAGCUUGAGAGGGCGCAAGUCAGACGCAGGCAGGACUCAGCCUCAUGCCUCUGAGCGUGCUGAGGUGGGGUCUGGAGCCGGAACCCUUGGGUUUGUCCCCCUCUCUCCAGGUACUGUGGCCAGGAACUGGCCCAUGUAAAUGGUGCACAAGGGCUUUUGUACAUUUGUAGGAGUUAGUGUGUUUGAUGUUGUUAAUAUUAUUUUUGAUAGCACUGCUUUUGAAUGUAUGUAUUCAGGACAGGGUGCGAGUUUUUAUAGCUUAAUAUAAACCUGAUUUCAAAAGUG